AUGUCCAUCACUAACGCAUCGCAACUAUUAAGUCUAUUGACCCUGUCAUCGACAGCUUUACCGAUAGGUGCAUAUUGUUAUUCGCAAGGGGUGGAAAGUGCGAUUGAUCAAGGCUUGAUUCAUGAUGAAGCAAGCAGUAUUGCUUAUUUUGAAGAAGUACUGGAAAUGUUGCUGGUUAGGUUUGAACUCCCCGUUUUAAAACGUCUGAUGCAACAUUAUUUAGACGAAGCUGAAUUUUUAAAUUGGGCUAACUUUUAUAAAGCGAGCCGUGAGUCGAAAGAAUUACGGGCUGAAUCUCAGCAGUUGGCAUUUUCUUUGAAUGCUUGGAUUCGUGAUGUUUUAAAACAGCAACCUGAGAUUAAAAAGCAGUUUGGUUUUGUCCCUGUUUAUGCACAUUUAUGCGGAACAUUAAAACUUAAUCUGGUGGAUGUGCUGACAGCAUAUAGCUUUACUGUUUUAGAAAACCAAGUGCUAGGUGCGGUUAAAACUGUCCCUUUAGGGCAAAUGAGUGGUCAAAGAAUUUUGUGGCAUUUACAUGGCUUAAUUCCUCAAGCCAUAGUGCGUGCCUUGGCCUUAGAAGAUGAUGAGUUAAGUAGUGCUUUGCCCAAUUAUGCGAUGUUAAAAAAGGAAAAAAUGAUGACAGAACGUAGCCCUUUACGUGUUGGAAUAGGUGGUCCUGUUGGUUCAGGUAAAACAGCAUUAACCCUGAAUUUAUGCCUUGCUUUACGCAACAAAUAUAAUAUGGCGGUUGUGACCAACGAUAUCUAUACCAAAGAAGAUUCUAAUUUUUUAACUCGUCAUGAAGCGAUGUCACCAGAACGUAUUGUUGGUGUUGAGACAGGUGGUUGUCCACAUACUGCAAUUCGUGAAGAUGCUUCAAUUAACUUGGCUGCAAUCGAUGAUCUUUGUGAAAAAUUUGAUGGUUUAGAGAUGAUUAUUAUCGAAAGUGGUGGAGAUAAUCUAGCCGCUACCUUUAGUCCCGAAUUAUCUGAUUUAACCCUUUAUGUGAUUGAUGUUGCAGGUGGUGAAAAGAUCCCGCGUAAAGGUGGUCCCGGCAUUACCAAGUCGGAUUUAUUGAUUAUUAACAAAACAGAUUUAGCUCCAAUGGUCGGUGCAAAUCUCGAUGUGAUGGAUCAAGAUGCAAAACGCAUGCGUGGUGACAAACCUUUUCUAUUUUCAAAUAUGAAAACUCAAGAUGGUUUAAAGCAAAUCAUUGAGUUUAUUGAGAAACAA